UAUCUAUCGAAACAAUGAGAUUACCACCUACAAAAAUAUUUCAGUGAGUGAAACUUACAAUGUCUUUAACAGAGCGAGUCUUUAAUCAUCUUUCUCUCUUCGAUCUAUCUCUUGCGUUGUUAGGUCUGUUUGUUUUUUGUUGUUUGCGUGAGAAGUUAACCAAUAAGCACGGGCCAAUGCUGUGGCCAGUGUUCGGCAUUACCCUAGAGUUUUUCAUUCAUAAAAAUGAUGUCUAUGGAUGGGUCACAAAGUCUUUAAAAAAAUCCCGAAACACGUUUCUUUACCGCGGGUUCUGGCUUGAUGGAUCUCAAGGAGCCGUGACUUGUUCUCCUGCCAAUGUUGAGUACAUGCUCAAGACCAACUUCAAGAACUUCCCCAAAGGUACCUUCUUUAAAGACCGGUUCAAAGAUCUCCUCGAGGAGGGUAUCUUUAACGCUGAUGAUGAGUCCUGGAAAGAGCAACGACGGGUCAUCAUAACCGAAAUGCAUUCAACUCGGUUCAUGGAGCAUUCCUUUCAAACAACACAACGUUUAGUAAGGAAGAAGCUGUUGAAGGUUAUGGAGAGUUUCGCUAGGUCACAAGAAGCUUUUGAUCUCCAAGACGUGCUCUUGCGCUUGACGUUUGACAUCAUAUGCAUCGCGGGUCUUGGAGAUGACCCGGAGACUCUAGCUCAAGAUCUUCCUCAAGUUCCAUUUGCUAAAGCUUUUGAUGAAGCAACGGAGUCUACGUUGUUUAGGUUCAUGAUCCCUCCAUUUAUAUGGAAACCAAUGAGGUUCUUAGACAUAGGGUAUGAGAAAGGUCUAAGAAAAGCUAUUGACGUCGUGCAUGGAUUCGUGAAUAAGAUGAUUAUGGAUCGUAUCUGCAUGGUCAAUAAUGAUGAGACGUUAGAUAAUAGAUCUGUCCUUACAAGAAUUAUUCAGAUAGAGAGUCAUAAAAAAGGUAACGAGAUUGGUCCUUCAACCAUUAGGUUUUUUAGACAGUUUUGCACAAGUUUCAUCUUAGCGGGACGUGACACAAGUUCUGUUGCAAUUUCAUGGUUCUUCUGGGUGAUACAAAGACACCCACAAGUUGAAAACAAAAUCAUCCAGGAGAUCAGAGAAAUCUUGAAACAGAGAGGAGAUCCUUCAGACAGUAGUCUCUUCACGGUCAGAGAACUAAACAACAUGGUGUAUCUACAAGCAGCAAUUUCAGAAACUCUAAGACUUUACCCACCAAUCCCUAUGGAGAUGAAACAAGCCAUUGAAGAUGAUAUGUUGAGUGAGAGCAAGAGGUAG